AUGGGAGGACACUGGGGAAAUAGGUUCAGUAUUAUUUUGAGGAGUAUACGCACCAAAAGUGUUCUGGACAGUCGUUUGAAAGAAUUAGAAGAAAAUGGAUUUAUAAAUUAUUUUGGGAUGCAACGUUUCGGUUCCUGCGGUACAAGUACAGCCGAGGUGGGUAAACAUAUAUUGAAAAGGAAUUGGGAAGCUGCUGUGGCGCUCAUUCUCAGCAAUGAUAAUCUACCUGGGUACCUUGGCACCGUGGGGGAUGCUCUCCGAUGCUGGAAAGAAACAAAGGAUGCGUCGAAGGCACUUCGAUUCUUGAAGGGAAGCCAAGCAUAUGCAUCAAUAGAAGCCAUCAUAUUCAAGUGCCUUGCCAAGGGUGGAACGUGGCAGAAGGUGAAACUGUCCAAUUUACUUCUGCUUUUGAUCCUACUUACUGUACUUCCUUUGGUUCCGAAUCAUUCGAAAUGA